AUGGCAGUGAUGAAAGUCAAGUUCAACCAGAAGAAAAGGGUAAAACUAGCACAAGGAUUAUGGCUCAUGAAUUGGUUUUCAGUGUUUGCAGGAAUUGUUGUUUUUUCUAUGGGACUUUUCCUGAAAAUUGAACUCAGGAAGCGAAGCGAAAUGAUGGACAAUUCUGAAAGCCACUUUGUGCCCAAUUCUUUGAUACUGGUAGGUCUGCUUGCCUGUGUGUUCAAUGCUCUUGCUGGCAAAAUAUGCUAUGAUUCCCUGGAUCCUGCUAAAUUUGGAAAAUGGAAGUUUUUCUUGAAACUCUAUUUAGUCUUGUGUGUAUUUUUUAAUGUCUUCAUUUUUUUUGUGGCUCUUACUUGCUUUCUGCUGAGGGGUUCUCUUGAAAGUACACUGGCAGAUGGGUUAAAAAAUAGUAUGAAGUUCUAUCGUGACACAGAUACUCCAGGAAGAUGCUUCAUGAAGAAGACAAUUGAUAUGCUUCAGAUUGAGUUCAAAUGCUGUGGAAACAAUGGUUUCAGAGACUGGUUUGAGAUUCAGUGGAUCAGCAACCGAUACUUAGAUUUUGGUUCCAAGGAAGUGAAAGAUCGCAUUAAAAGUAACGUGGAUGGCAAAUACUUGGUGGAUGGCAUUCCCUUCAGCUGCUGCAAUCCAAGUUCUCCACGACCAUGCAUCCAGUACCAGGUUUCUAAUAAUUCAGCUCACUACAGUUACGACUACCAAACAGAAGAACUCAAUCUAUGGACCCGUGGCUGCAGAGAGGCUCUGCUUAAAUACUACAGUGGCAUAAUGACCUCCAUGGGAGUGGUUGUCCUCUUUGUCUGGCUUUUUGAGAUGUUAAUAAUGAUAGGGCUGCGCCUGUUGCAUACCUCCCUGGAAAGCAUCAGCAAUCCAGAAGAUCCUGAAUGUGAGAGUGAAGGAUGGGUGCUGGAGAAGAGCCUGAAAGACACUUUCAAGUCCACCCUGGAAAAUCUGAAAAAUAUUGGUAAGCCAAACCAAGUGAAUGCAGGUGUUGAAGCUACAGAAGGCGAAGGUGCGAAAAACCAAGCUGUAGCAACCGUCAGCUGA